AUGGGGGCUUCGGAGUCCAAGCUUGUCUUCAAACAGGGCAUCUUCCGCCUCUCCGAGGAACAGGAGAUCCCCGCAGACGACCCCUACUGGGCCAGAUUCUGGGAGCUUCCUGAAUCAACCGAAGACGUCUUCAGCCUCUUUACGCCGGCUGACAUACGGCGAACUCGCGAUCAUGCCUUAGCCAACUUUGAAACACUACUGCUCGCCGUGACCUCGCGAUUAAACGUCUUGAGAAAUCAUCCCUCGUUUCCCGACCCCGAUCUUGCUCCCGAGCGUGAUGUCCUCAACUGUGUCCGCGUCCUCACUCGUCUCCUCCCCUAUGUUUACGAGGCCGAGCACCUGGAGGAAUGGGAGGACAAGUUUUUCUGGGCGCGCCGAAAGCGAAUGACCCGGCAAGCACAGAUAUCUGGAGAGGUUCUCUUUGAUGACGAACAACCUGAAGACGAGCAAGAUCCGACGUCACCACGCGAGGCGGACUAUGAGGAGACGAAGCCUCUCGCAGAGGAGUUGAUAGACACAUUGGUAGACCUGCUCUUUUUUGCCGACUUUACCAUUCCCCGGCUUCCGAGUGCCAAGGGCAAGGUCUCAUAUUCAAUCUGGCAGAGUGGUGUUGGCUGCAACACAGCAAUGGGGUCCAACAAACAAUUGGAGAGCAACCGGUGCGAGAUUCUUCGCCUCAUGCUUACGCUGACUGGAAAGGCCAUGUAUUUGCCAUCAAAUACAUUACCUGUGCAAGGCGUCAAGGCCAUUACCUACAUCACAACUUGCCAGGAUAAGCAGGCUGUUUUGACUGUUCUCUGUUCUCUUUUGAACACGGCUAUGAAGUAUAACCCCGCAUCGUGGAGAGUCCCAUACGACCAUGUUGUUUGGAAGGAUCCCAGGCAAAUUUUGGUGAUAUAUUGCGUGCAACUUCUCCUUGUUCUUUUGCUUUAUCCUAUUCCUGAGGAUGGCCGUGGAGCACCACCGAAGAACUAUUAUCGCCAUUACUUUGGUCGACUACAUAGACCCCAAGACUUCCAGUUCCUUGUGGACGGCAUGACAAGGAUUCUGAACCAACCUAUGCAAGCCACUGCCUCAUAUCUUCCUGGUAGUCAAAAGUCGGCAAAAUGGGCACCGGAAAUGCUGGUCCUUUUCUGGGAGACCCUCCAGUGCAACAAGAGAUUCCGGUCUUUUAUUAUCGAUUCCAAUCGCUCUCAUGACUUCCUAGUUUUGUGCAUAUUCUAUGCGAUGGAGUAUAGGAUGGAUCCUUCCAAGCAAGGAGUGGUUCGAAUGUGCAUUUUCAUCCUUCAGACAAUGAGCGCAGAACAGACUUUUGGAAAGAGUCUCAACAACAAAUUCGAGGCACAAGAAACUCUACCGCAGUCAAUUCGAUUGUUGAAUUUCCGAGGCUCAUACGCCGACUUUUUGAUCAUGUCAAUUCAUACCCUGAUAACGACGAGCAAAGGCAAUCUGGACACUGUCUACCCUGCCCUGCUGAUCAUUCUUAACAACAUCGCUCCUUAUGUUGAACACAUUUCCCCGAGCGCUUGCUCGAAGGUCAUUCAACUCUUUUCGUCUAUGUCUGCGCCCAGCUUCUUAUUGGCGAACGAGACAAAUCAUACUCUUCUUGCGUCGUUGCUCGAUUUCAUUAACAUCGUGCUCGAACAUAAAUUCACUGACAACCCAUACCUCGUCUACGCGAUAUUGAAGUACAAGCAGCGCUUUGAAGCUGUGCGGGCUUUUACUCUCGAAAGUGGCCAACAAGAGAUUGAACGACAAAACGAGAAGAGGAAAGCUUCAAGUUCUUCCGACGCGUCUGUCAGUCCAACACUUUCACAGUCAGAGGAAGAUCUCCACACUCCAUCCGGUGCGCGGUCACCAUUGACUCGGAUUCCCGAGGAGAACAGCCCAUUUGCUAUUGGUGGCGAUGACUCUGACGAUGAGAGGGAAGGAGAACACACUCCGUCCCAAACGCCCUCGGCUCAAACAUCACGGAGAGCCUCAAUGGCCUCCACCAUCGAUGAGAACGGAUCACAGCAAGUACGAGGGAUGUCCGAGAAGGCACGAGGAAAGAAGCCUGCUGGCAAGCCUUCCUUCUCCCGGCAGAACAGCAUGACCAGUCAGACAAGCAUUUCUGCUUUGUUCUCUGCUUCUGCAAGUGGCUUUACUCCGACUGUCCAUUGGCUCGAAUCGUGGUUGCCCGAGCUGCCUUUGCAUACGAUCCUCACCAUCAUCGCCGCAAUCGCACCCCACAUCCCUGAUUCAGCUCUUCAAAGUACAGCAAGCCCAGAGGCCCGUACACUAAUUCACAACCUCCCAUCAUUCGCCGAGGAACCUGAGGUCAGGGGUAUAAUCUCGGAACCAACCCCCGUGCGCGCGCAGUCAUUCGAGUGGACCGCCCUUUCCAUGGGCUGGUAUGAAUCGUUGCUCUGGGGCUUCAUUUUCUCCAGCGAGAUGGUCGUUGGUUCUGCUGGUGGUGGAACACCAGGCAGUGUUGGUGUCUGGAACGGCACCGGAAUCCGCCUGUUCCGCGUUCAGGAGGCAGCCGCCCAAGGCCCUACAUUGCUUGCACCAAAGGGUGCAGUUGAUGCUGUCGGGAGCAACCUAGUUCAGCGCAUUGGGAAUCUGAGCCUUCGGGGUCGUAACUCCAUCUCUCAAGAGUCUGGAGGUGCCUCUUCACCGAGUGUGCGAGAGGUCUAA